AUGAAAGCAUAUGCAAUUGCACUCAUAGUCUCUGGCUCUGUGGCAGCUUUAGUUUUGAUUCUGUAUUGUAUUUGCAAAAGUGGCCGAAAGAAAAAGAGCCACAACCCUGUGAGUACCCGGAAUGUAACUGGUGCUCCUCCUCCUCCUCCUCCGCCUAUACAAGCGAAUCGCGAUGUUGAAAAAGGCGAAAUUAAAGAAAUGAGAGAUGGUGGAAUGGUUAUUGUAGGAGCUGCUGCUGCUAUAGUUGCCUCUGCCCCCGUUAUCACUAGUGCUUACAAUGGUGGUGGUGGUAGUGAUGAUGGAGGGACGACUGGUGGUGUAGGGGGGAUGAGUGGUGGCUGUGGUGGCGAAGGGGGGAACGAGUGGUGGAGGAUGUGGUGGCUGUGUGGCCGAAAGGCAAAGAAUCAGCCUGUGACUCGGGAUAAUGUGCUUGUUCAUGCUCCUCGUGAUGUCGAAAAGGCUGCUGUUACGAGUAAUAGUGCUCGCCGUGACUGGGGGAUCAGGGGUUUGGGUGGUGGUCGUGGUGGAGGGAUGAGCUUCUGGGGUGGUAGUGGUGGAGCUGCUGGCUUGGGCGGUGGCAGCGCUGGAAUUUGA